AAAUUGUGUUCCUCCGAUCCGACUGUCCAACAUCAUCAAUAUUAGAGAGAGAGAGAGAGAGAGAGAGAUAGAGAGAGGGGAGAGAGGGAGCGCAUUCGCGUGUGUGUGAAAAUCUCUUGGCUUUUAAGGAUCUGUGGAGUGGAGCGAUGCGAUGUCGGGCGAGACGGUGUUUGUGGAGCGGUGUAAGGGCAUUAAUGGCCUCGACAAGGUGGUCUUGAGGGAGGUUCGUGGGAGUUCUGUUGAGGUGUAUCUGUAUGGCGGCCAAGUUACAUCAUGGAAGAAUGAUCACGGGGAAGAGAUGCUUUUUGUUAGCAGUAAGGCUACCUUCGUGCCUCCAAAGGCUAUACGUGGAGGUAUUCCAAUCUGUUUUCCUCAAUUUGGAAGCCAAGGUCCUUUAGAACUACAUGGACAUGUGAGCAGUAGGCUUUGGAGUAUUGAUCCUGAUCCUCCUCCUGUUCCAACAAAUAGCCUCAACAAAGCUUGUAUUGAUUUAUUACUUGAACACACUGAAGAAGGUGUGAAGAUAUGGCCUCACAGAUAUGAAAUUCGCCAAAGGGUUUCCUUGCGAUCUGGAGGAGAUCUGAUGUUGUCAUCCCGCAUUAGAAAUACUAACACAGAUGGAAAGUCAUUUACAUUCACAUUUGCCUAUCACAACUAUUUCUCCGUUUCUGAUAUCAGUGAAGUGCGCAUAGAAGGUCUCGAGACGGUGGAUUAUCUAGAUAACCUGCAAAAUAGAAAACGAUUUACUGAACAAGGGGAUGCAAUUACGUUUGAAUCAGAAGUGGACAAAAUGUAUGUCAGUACACCCACCAAAAUUGCAAUUCUGGAUCAUGAGAAGAAACGGACAUUUGUAUUGCGGAAGGAUGGACUUCCUGAUGCUGUGGUUUGGAAUCCCUGGGACAAAAAGGCAAAGGCAAUCCCUGAUUUUGGGGAUGAUGAGUUUAAGCGCAUGCUAUGUGUUGAGGCUGCUGCUGUGGAAAAGCCCAUCACCUUGAAACCUGGUGAGGAGUGGAAAGGAAGGCAGGAGCUCUCUGCUGUUCCUUCCAGUUAUUAUAGUGGUCAACUUGAUCCAAAAAAGGUACUUCAAAGCAGAUAGAACACUGGCUGUUUUGGUGCAUACCAUGUAAAGGUGCUCUUGCUUCAUUAGAGGUCUGGUGCUUCACAGUGAAUUCCUGCCGGGAUUUUUUGUUUGAAGGCCUGAUUCAUUUGCAGAAUGGUCAAUUACGCAUCAUUUUGGAGUACUAUUUUCUCACCAGGAAGAAAAAUGCAAUGGCGGUGGCAACCAGUGAGUUCAAUACAUAGUGCAUUUCUGGAACUUCUUUUCACAAGUAUAAUGUUUUUUCAAUUUCCAGCAAUUUUAUCUUUGGUCGAAUGUCUCGUCGUAUAUUCAUGUGACUUCUCCACGACAGCUACUGUUAUAUUAGCACAAAUGAAUUGGUUAUAUAUAUAUAUGAGAAUAUUUAUUGCGACAAAUGAUGUUUAUUUCUUAUUUGAGGACUCGGCUUUGGAAUUGCUUGUA